UCCGAGGUAAAUGGAACGCAGCAUAAUCCCGUGUGCUAAACCCUGCUAUCGCCGCUCCUCUAAACACUUAUCCGGGGGUGAUAACGCUGUUCCUGCAGCCUGGACGUCAGUACAAAACAAUCACCCCCGACGUUGAUUGAGAAAAUCCUUCUUGGACUGUCAUUGGUCAUCCACUGGGAUCACAGGCGCUUGAUUCAUAAAUGACAAGUGCCUGAGGAUGUCCAAGCGGAGCUUGUUUGUUCGCCUGGUACCGUGCCGCUGCCUGCGGGGCGAGGAGGAGGCGGUAACAUCGCUAGACUACUCCCACUGCAGCCUGGAGACUGUUCCCAAGGAGAUCUUUAGCUUUGAGAAGACCCUGCUGGAGCUCUACCUUGAUGCCAACCAGAUCGAGGAACUGCCCAAACAACUGUUUAACUGCCAGUUACUCAACCAACUGAGCAUGCCAGAUAACGACCUUACAGUACUGCCAGCAGCGAUUGCAAACCUCAUCAAUCUCAGGGAGCUUGAUGUCAGCAAAAACAGCAUCCAGGAGUUUCCAGAAAACAUCAAGAAUUGUAGAGUCCUUGCUAUUGUCGAAGCCAGCGUGAAUCCCAUAUCCAAACUCCCAGAAGGCUUCACACAGCUUCAGAGCCUGACACAGCUCUACCUGAACGAUGCCUUCCUGGAGUUCUUACCAGCUAGCUUUGGCAGGUUGACGAAGCUGCUUAUCCUGGAGCUGAGGGAGAACCAGCUAAAGAUGCUUCCAAAGAGCAUGCAGAAGCUCACACAGCUGGAGAGGCUGGACCUGGGGAGUAAUGAGUUCACUGAAGUGCCUGAGGUGUUGGAGCACCUGAUUGGACUCAAGGAGCUGUGGAUGGAUGGGAAUAAGCUGACAUUUUUACCUGGGACCUUGGGGACAUUAAAAAACCUACUAUAUCUGGACAUGUCCAAGAACAACUUGGAAAUGGUGGAUGAACAAAUCUGCGGCUGUGAGAGUCUGCAGGACCUGCUGCUCUCCAACAAUGCCCUCACACAGCUGCCUGGGUCAAUCGGCUCCUUGAAGAGACUGACGGCACUAAAAGUGGAUGAGAACCAGCUGAUGUACUUGCCGGGCUCUAUCGGAGGACUGACAUCCAUAGAUGAGCUGGACUGCAGUUUCAAUGAAAUCGAAGCUCUGCCCUCUUCCAUCGGCCAGUGUGUUAACAUUCGCACCUUUGCUGCAGAUCACAACUUCCUGACCCAGCUUCCUUCUGAGAUGGGCAGCUGGAAGAACGCAACCGUGCUGUUUCUACACUCCAACAAGCUGGAGUCUCUGCCCGAGGAGAUGGGCGACAUGCAGAAGCUCAAAGUUAUCAAUCUGAGCAACAACAAAUUGAAGAGCCUUCCCUACAGUUUCACCAAACUGAAUGAGAUGACUGCAAUGUGGCUGUCGGAAAACCAGUCAAAGCCCCUGAUUCCCCUCCAGAAAGAGGAAGACCCAGAAACUCACAAAACAGUGCUGACCAACUACAUGUUCCCCCAGCAAACCAGGACCGAGGACUACAUUCCCAACUCGGACUCUGAGAGCUUCAAUCCGGCUCUAUGGGAGGAGCAACGCAAGCAGCGAGCACAGGUGGCCUUUGAGUGUGACGAGGACAAGGAUGAGAGGGAAACGCCUCCAAGGGAGGGAAACCUGAAGCGUUACCCUACACCGUACCCGGACGAGCUGAAGAACAUGGUGAAGACUGCCCAGUCAGUGGCUCACAGGCUGAAGGAGGAUGAGUCAAGCGACGAGUCGGGGAAAGAGUCGAAACCAGUUGAGAGGAACCACAUCGGAGUGCUGGACGUGGGCCUUAAGGUGAUCGAGGCGCCAUGUCCAAACGGUGUGGCAUCAGAUAUUGAUCCUCCGGUAUCUUCCAACACGUCUGCCCAGAAUCCUUCUGCAACCGAAUCAAGAGACACUUCCGAGUCCGUCAGCGCCCAGAGAGUUCCUCUCAGAUCUUCAGAGGCCUCCAUGAUGAACCACGAGGACACGCUGGAGCAGUACUCUGAGGAGCUCACGGAUGAAGAAGACGACAUGAAAAUUGCAGAGAUGAGACCACCUCUCAUUGAGAUUUCCAUCAACCAGCCAAAAGUGGUGACUUUAAGUAAGGAUAAAAAAGAUGAUGGGAAAGAUGCCGACUCUUUGCUGGAUGACACGGUGGCCAACAGCAACCAGAACAACAGUAACUGCUCGUCGCCGUCGCGCAUGUCCGACUCUGUGUCCAUGACCACAGACAGCAGUCAGGACAACUCUCUGUGUACACCCGAGAGGGAGGCCAAGACACCUUUCCUGCCAAAGAGUCGGCACGAGGAUGAGAAUAUGAACCAGCCGAAAGAGUCCAUCCCUCUCCUCCAUAAUGGCAACGGCUCUGAGACCCUUCAGGCCCUUUUGAAGAACCAGCAGACCCCGCCGGACUACGACCUGUCCAUGGAAGCCAGGCUGGCCUUCAUUGAAAAGGGAAUUAACAACGGCGUCGGAGAUCCCUACAUCAAGUGGGACCAGAUCAACAUGAACAUGACAAAGCUGCCGACCUACAACGGAGCUCAGCUGGAUGAGCUGGACAAAGCGAAAAAGGGCCCAGUCGCUCGGGAGGAUUUGAAUGGCACGCAGAGCUACGGCAACGAUAAUGUGGAUCAUUUUCAGAACGGUAAUCAACAAGGAGGUGACUGCGUCAACUAUCUGGGCAACAGGAGCCAGGGCACCAGAGCGGAGACAUCUACUGUCCAUGUGGUGUCGACAGGAGUGACUGCCAGCAGUGACAUGUCUCUGUCUCACAGCACGGAGGAGCUGUCCCCAGAGAAAAGGUGCCAUCCGCAACAGGUGAUGAAGUCUCACAGCAUUAGCAACAUAGAAGCGGGAGGCAUGAAGCUGUACUCCUUCAAUGGAGAUGAAGACCCGUACGACCAAGCUCGGAUGGUGGGGGCCUGUCCGGGACCUGGAGGUCAGGGCCAGAUCAUAACCAGGAGCAAGUCAGCCAGUCAGCUACUCAAUGAUCAGACUCUCAUGGUCCACACCAGCUCCUCCACGUCCUCCUCAGACCUGCUGGCAUGUUCUAGGCCUCCUACCAGCACCAGCAGAUAUCCCAUCUCCUCCAGCAUGAGCAUGGGACAUCCUCCGCCCCAGUACAAUAUACAGUACACAAGCAGUGCCAUUCCUAAAGAGGGCCUCUGGGCUCAGAGGGCAACCGUGCCACCAGAGCACCAAGGCUACCUCCCUCCUCCUCCGCACUCGUUAGCCAACACCAACUUCUCCAAUCGAAACCAGGCACCUCCUUACCCUCUGCAACCACAGCAGCGGGGUCCUCCCGUGGGCCCCAAAGACAGAUCUUAUUCUACCAGCAGCCAGCCGAGAAGCAGCACUCUGCAAAGACAAAGCAGCAGCGCCUCCACGGCCUCCAUCGGGGACCCGAGGCGCAUGCAGCUCCCCGAGGGGGAGUACAUGACAUACAGAGACAUACACACGCUCGCCAGGGGGCCGCUGGCGAUGAGCCAGGCCAUGCAGAGGCCCCUCUCGGCUCGCACUUACAGCAUUGAUGCACCCGGAGCUUCCAGGCCUACGAGCGCCAGGCCGCAGCCCCACGAGCUUCCAGAAAGGACCAUGUCUGUCAGCGAUUUCAACUACCAGCACAGCAGCCCCAGCAAGCGGCCCAACGUCAGGGUGAAGUCGGAGCACUCGCUCCUGGAUGGACCAGGACAGCUGUCGGGAGGAAGGGUGCCGGCGGACUGGAGAGACCAAGUGAUGCGACACAUUGAGGCCAAGAAAAUGGAGAAGAAUGCUUUGUCUCGCUCCUAUAAUCCCAAUAACGCUCCGCUGAGCUGGUCUCACUAUGGCAGCUGUAGGGAUAUGCAUGCCAGCCAAGGCUCCCUGGUCUUUAGCGGCCAUGACGGACCGUCCUACGGAGCCCGCGGCUUCUGUGAUGAUGUUUUUGUUCCCCAACCGCCACAAAGCUUCACCAUGGACCCCCACAGGAAACUGAGCCAGUCGCCCAUGGCCCGGCAUCCCUCCAGAGAGCAGCUCAUCGAUUACCUGAUGCUCAAAGUCUCCCAGCCGCCUCAAGGUCCUCCUCGCGUUCAACAGGACACUCUGCAGCAAGAGAUUCGUGUGAAAGUAGAGAAGAAUCCGGAGCUGGGUUUCAGCAUCUCUGGAGGAGUGGGAGGCCGGGGAAACCCCUUUCGCCCCGACGAUUAUGGUAUAUUUGUGACAAGGGUCCAACCUGAGGGUCCUGCAUCCAAAAUCCUUCAACCUGGAGAUAAAAUCAUUCAGGCGAACGGAUACAGCUUUGUGAAUAUCGAUCACGGGAAUGCAGUGGCCCUCCUGAAAACCUUUCCAACCACUGUGGAUUUGAUUAUCGUACGAGAAGUGCAAGCAUAGACUCACCUGAACCUGAGAGCCGGGGGGGUCGGCAUCAAAGAAUAACAAAAUAAUUUUUAUGCCGACCGUCUUAUUUUUAUACACAGAAGAGACUGAUCUGUUGAUGCCUGUCGGGACUAUUUAUAGUAGAGAUCUUGAGGUCUUUGAAGCCUCGAUUUUAAACUGGGAAAACCACUGAAUGUAGUGGGUCUAAGCGAGACAGCGGUAAACACCUGCAAGUACGUGUCCUCGAAAAGGCCGUCACUGUGGUGUACAUAUAUUUUUUUACAAAGAAGCUGAAGAUGGCUCUGACGCACAUGCUUACUGUGGUCUCUGUACAGAUAUUCCUUUCGUUUUUGUUUUCUUCAGUCUGAAACUCGUCAACCACUGAUCAAGUUGGGUUUUAUUUCUGCAUGUUGUGGACACGAAGCUGACCACUAGGGGACAGGGCUCCCUCUCCUCUGUCAUCCAGUUUGCCUUUUUUGUUGUUUUUUUCAUUUCUGGACAUUUAUUUUGAAACCGUUUUCUUCAAUCUUAUCUGGAGGACAGCGUUAGGUGCUCAUCAAGGGUAGACGAAUGUAGAUCAAGAAGGGGUUUGGUUUGGUUUUUUUGUUUUAAUUUUUUCUUCAUGCGAGAUCAAUAAGCUGAGAAGAGGUUAAUUAUCCACGCCUGCUUGCACAGAUCUUUUAAAUAUCCUUCAGCACACGGACACGUCGCCCCAGCUCAGACACCCCGAUCUUUGGAAACGUAUCAAGUUCUUAGACAUUAAAGGAUUUCUAUUUGCAUUUGUUUGUGUAAUAAAGCAGGAAAUUUGAAUGUCAAAUCACAUUUUAGAGGACUAAGUUGAUGAAGAUAUGUGUUUUAAAGCCAAAAGUUUUACUUUUUUUUUUUUUUUUACUCCAGUAAACUUGGCAAAAUAGGCUAAAUGAAAUAAUAACUGCUUGCUCCGCCCACCAGUUUUCAGUUUAGCCAUCAAAUACCCUUUUUUUUUUCUUACUUUUCUAAGAGGAAAAUAUCUGGCAGUGAUGCUAAUUUAACCAAAGCAAGCUUGGAAGUUGUUGUCGGCAGGUAAAAGCAGGAGCAACAGAGGAAAGACUUUUGAAUAAGGUGAAUAUUAGAUGUGUGACCGUCAUCGGAGUGGGUUUCAGCAUCGUGCAGUUUUGUUUCUCACCUGAGACAGGACCACAGGUUGCCUUUUCUAUCUAGAAAUAUGUUUCAUCUCGCUUGUUACUCAUCACUAUAGGGCAGUAAUUUUUUUUCUUUCUUCUUUUUUUCCUUCAUUGUACAGAAAAUAUAGUUGGGAGAUGCAAAAUAUCAAGUGCCAUAGACCUCGAACUGUUUGAACAGGGGAGGACGUUCGACCCCGGAACCCGAGCAAUACUUGCAUAUUCACAACUGUCGGAGUACAUUUGCAGCAUAACGGCUUAAAAGCAAUAUUCAAAGCCUUUAUUUUCAUUCCCAGAACAUCAUUUUUGAAACAAAGCAGAACUUUUAGUAGUCCCUGAUUAUUUUACAUGGUUUUAUACUGUGAAAUGAAUCUUUUUUUUUUUUUUUUUUUUGUAAUGAAAUGGCACAAGAAAUAUAUAGUAGUGCAUAAAAAGAAGAAAAAAAAACUGCAUUGUGUAAAAAGAAAAAGUGAAAGUUUUUGUCACUUUGCCUGAGACUUUUUACUGACUAUUGUGUAGAGCACCAAGUCUCUUGUUGUUGUUGAAUUAAUCAUCUUACACUGUGGGAGAAAAAGAAAACAAAAAAUGUAACAAAUCCAGUUGAAGCUGCUUUCUGUUUGUCGAAGAACAGUGAGGAAGCAACGCGACCAGCUUUUGUUCGCUCAGCCCCUCGACGUUCAUUUACUGGUACAGCAGGGGGACGCGUUUCUAUAAACGACGGAAACGAUCAACCUCACGUGAUAAGUCACAGCCUCCACAAUCUCAAGAGUUUACGUACAAUACCACCUUCCUCCCGCAGUGUUGUAAUGGAUAACAUUCCCUUGUUGGUGGUAGACCAUGUCUUCUACUGGCUUCUGUGUAUGUUUGUAACAAAGUUCCACUUGUGAUUCCCGCCCCCAGCACUGACUAACCAAAAUUGAAACACUGUGGAGAUAAUUGGAUUUUAAUCCCUUUAAAAUAAAUACAUAACUCGAUAAAGCCACUCGAUGUAGCAUUUCUGUUUCUGACCACAUGGAGGCAGCAUUUCACACGUGACAAAACAAAGAGCACCUCUAUUGGCACAAAGUGGUAUUACAAGACAUGCCACCCAGUUUUGUCAUUGGCUCUUUAGUCAAGCUCUGUUGUGCGCCCCCAUGUGGUCAGAUGUGGAUUAACUACACAGAGUGCCUUUUAAGAUUGGUCAAUUUUAUUUAGUAGCCAAUCAAAAUGUGCAUUUCCAAAAGAUUUUCACGCAUUGUAUUUUAUACAUGAAAUCGUUGAUUAUAUUCGUCGUCUUUUUUUGUGAUUUCUGUUUACUUUUUUUUUAAGACUAGGGAGAUUAAUUUCUGGGAUUUCGGUCACUUUAUCUUCAUGACAAAUGUCUGACAUUUAUAGACAAUCUAGGGAAGAUUAAGAUACAUUUUCACUCUUUCUACAUCCAUGUUGGUUUGUUCUUUCAAGCUCCCACUCUGUAUUUAUUUAGCAGACUUACAUGGAUUUUAGACAUUACUAAUCGAAGUGUAAAUACUCUAAAAAGUUUGAGGAAGGUUAUUAACGGCAUUAGUGACUUUCGAUUGUAAAACCAGCAAUAAAUUGCAAUGCAGAGGCACCCAUUUUAAUGUAUAGCUAGUGUUACCAAGGUUUCCCUGGAAACAGUCACAAUGAACUGAUGAUUGGUAUGCAUUUAUCCAACAUUCCAGAUUUUGUAUAUAAUUACCUGUUUCAGAAGUAACAUGUGGAAAAUAAACUAAUGCUGUUAAA